CGCGUCCAGCAGCCCGCGAAGCCAGCACCGCGCCGCAGUCCGCUCCGCGACGCCGCCCGCUCCCCACACGGCUCGCCGCCUUUCAGGUCGUCGCGGAAGGCAAGGCAUUCGCUACAGUCUUCGUGAACAACUUCUGUUGCAUUGUAGCCCCGAAAUUUUACAGACGAUCAUAAUAGGACAGUAGCUGCUUGUGAGGCGUGCACGGAAACUGCGGUACGGGAUGGUGGUGUGCUGAGGUGCCCUGUAAGUAGCUCGGCGUCGCUACGUGAUGACAGCAGCGGGGACGCUGGCUGCCGUGUGGCUGGCGGCGCUCUGCUGGCGCCAAGGUGCGUCGCUGGUGUACGUGACGCCCGCCGAGGUGACGGCGGCGCUACCGCUGGACCUGGCAGCGGAGUCGCGGCUGCCGCUGACGCUGCUGCAGCUGCGGGCGCUGCCUGCCGACGGCUCCGCGGCCGCGCGCUUCCGGGCCAACAGCUCGCUGCCCUCCUGGCUGCAGCUCGACUCCAGCUCUGGCCGCUUCUACCUGGUAGCCGCUCCCCAGUUCGCAACACAGGGCAAUACCGAAGUCGUUGUGACGGUGACCGCCAUGGAAGACGGCGUAGGCGACGCGGAGGUGGACGUGCCGCCGCCGCCGUGGGCUGUGGCGACCGUGCGUCUUGUGGCCGCCGGCAGCGGCGCCUGCAGCCUGCCGCCCCAGGAGGCGUGCCUGUGGCGGCAGGCGACGCUGCGGGUGCUGGAGAACUUGCCAGCCGGCACGCCACUCGGGACGCUGGGGCCGCCGCCUCUGUGUCUGCGUCUGGGGACGGGGCGCUGCCACCGACUGUACGCCGGCCUCAACGCCUCACUGGACGGAGUGUCGGUGAGCUCGUGGCCGCCGGCACUGGGCGGCGCGCUGGAGGCGCUCACGUCGCGGCCGCUGGACCGCGAGGACCCGCAGCUGGAGCAGCCACAGUGGCGGCGGAUGGCGGCGGCCGGCGCCGCGCUGUCCCUGGAGGUGCUGGACGCCGGCGACAGCGCGCCCGCCACCAUCAACGACGGACAUCUCUAUAGCAGCCGCCCUGGCGGACUCCUGCACAAGGGCGAGCUGCUGGGCACGGUGGUGUUGCAGGACGCCGACUCGCCCGCGGUCAACCGCUACAGCUGGCGCUUCCUCAACGACUCGCGGGGCCUGCUGGCCGCCAACUGCUCCUCCAGCGCCAUCAACGGCACAUUCGUCACGACGAUCAUCAGCUGCAGUGUGUUCGCGGCGCGGGACGAGCAGCUGGCGGGCGGCGACUACCGGACGGUGCUGCGGCUGCAGGACGCCGCAAACCCACAAGUUUACGCGGAUUCCGAGGUGCGCGUGCGCGCAGAGGGCCCGCAGGCGGCGGCGCAGCGGGUGCCGGCGCCCGCCGUGUCGUACCCCGCGGAGGCGGCCGUGCUGGCCGGCGCCAACGCGCACCCGCCGGACGGCGACUCGUCGCCCUUCGGCGUCACCAGGGUCGCCGGGAUCAUCUUCCUUAAGAACCCGGACAAGCUCGAUCCCAACACGACUGCCUACAACGUGACGGUGACGUGGGGGUCUGAGGGGCGAGCAACGGUGAGGGUUUACGUGUUGGAGGGCGCCUCCGAAGCCUGCCAGAACGGCUCCAGGCAGGGCAGGCCCUGCGCCACAAGGAAGUCGCUCGCCGAGUGCAACGCCUUCUGCGGCCUGGGCACCGGCGCCCGCAACUACACCGUCAACCACCUGCACGAGGGCAGGAACUCGACGGCGCGUCCCGAGGUGGCGCCGUUGGGCGGCUGUGCGUGGCGGGGCGCAGAGGCCAACUUCUCGACGGACCUGAUCGCCCACUACGCCACCUGCACGCCGGACGUCCACCACUGCCCGGACGGCUUCUGCGACCCGCUGGAGCAGAUCUCUGCCCUCUGUCCCCAGGAUUGUGUCAACCUGACGUUCGGCACGGGCAAGCUCGGCGUGGGGAGGCGCGGCCUGUACAGCUGCGUGGGCGUCGGCGUGUGCAGCCGCGCCGCCUGCUGGUGCCACACCAGGGCCGGCCGCGACGAUCCGGGGGCGGGGGCGGCGGCGGGGGAGGCGCGCAGCGCCGGCCAGCGCCAGGGACAGGGCCAGGGCGCGCCCACCACCACGGCUGCGCCGUCCUCAGAUGUCUGCAACACAGUCGUGUGA